AUGUUCGGGGGUGUCCUCGUCCUGAACGCGACUUUCGCCAGCUCUGCUCCAUCAGGCGUGAUCGUGCAGAUGAUGGAGGAGUUCACAUUCAGCAGGGAGGUUGCCACAUUGACGAUCGCCCUCUUCGUCGCCGGAUACUGCGUUGGCCCGCUCUUCUGGGGACCGCUCUCCGAGUCCUAUGGCCGUCGCAUUCCCUUCAUCGUCGCCUUCUUCGUGUACACCUGCUUCCAAGUAGGCUGCGCGCUGUCGCCCAACACCGCGUCCAUCAUCAUAUUCCGCUUCCUUGGCGGAACCUUCGCAGCAGCGCCGCUCACCAACUCUGGCGCGCUCAUCUCCGAUAUCUGGGAUGCGCGCACCCGUGGCAAGGCUCUCGCCAUGUUCACGCUCGCGCCUUUUGCCGGUCCUUCACUGGGCCCGACGGUCGCAGGCUUCAUGAACGUCGCCGGCGUUUCGUGGCGCUGGCUCUUCUGGGUCCUGACAAUCUUCGCUGGCGUUUGCCUGAUUCUGAUCGUCUUCACGGUCCCCGAGACUUACGCCCCGGUCAUUCUGAAGAGGAAGGCUGAGCGUUUGCGGAAGGAGACCGGCGACGACCGGUACUACGCCUUGAUUGAGACGAACAAGAUCUCCUUCACCAAGCGCCUCGAGCACAUUGUCGCCCGUCCCUUCCGCAUCAUGUUCACUGAGCCGAUGCUGUUAGCGGUUACGAUCUACAUGAGCUUUAUUUACGGCUGCGUGUACCUGCUUUUCGAGGCGUAUCCCAUCGUUUUCUCGGAAGGGCACCACUUCAACACUGGUAUCUCUGGUCUGAUGUUCUUGCCCAUCCUCGUCGGCGGUGUCGUCGCUGUGUGCUGCAACCUAUUCAUCUUUAACCCCCGGUACGAGCGCCAAAUGGCCAAGUGCGCGCCGCAUCCCGUACCCCCUGAGUUCCGUCUGGAGAUGGCCGUCCUCGCCGCGCCGACCUUCACGAUCGCGUUCUUCUGGUUCGGCUGGACGUCGUACUCGUCCAUCUCCUUCUGGGCGCCGAUGAUGGCCGGCGGGCUGAUGGGUUUCUCCAUCUGCUGGUUGUUCAUGAGCUUGUUCAACUACAUCAUCGACGCGUAUCUGUUUGUUGCGGCCUCCGCGCUCGCGGCGAACACGGUCGUGCGGUCGUUGUUUGGUGCGGUGUUCCCGCUCUUCGCCACGCAGAUGUACGAAGCUCUCAACCCGCGGUGGGCGUCCUCGCUCAUCGGCUUCAUCGCCAUGGCCAUGAUCCCCAUCCCAUUGGCCCUCAUGAAGUACGGCCCGACGCUGCGGCUGAAGUCCAAGUAUGCGCCGUCGAAGCCGCCCGCGCCGAAGCCCUCCCAGGAUUCGGUUGAGCCUGAGAAGAAGGAGGAUUCGCCAGUAUAA